CCACAGUGCAGAACAUACUGAGUAUCACACACACACAGGCCCUCACACACUCGGAGACAUCUGCUGUGGACAGUAGGGCUGGCUGAUAUUCCCCUGGACUUCUCCGGUUGUGUGUGUGGGGGGGAUGAACUCGAGCCUGUUGAACAUGUCCAGCCUGAUGAACGUGUCCAGUCUGUCGAACACAUGGAGCCUGGGGAACGUGUCGAGCGUGGGGAACGUGUCGAGCGUGGGGAACGUGUCCGGUGUGGCGUCGCGGUGCGCGCGUGACGUGAGCGUGACGGCGGUCCUGUUCCCCUGCCUGUACGGGCUGCUGCUGGCCGCGGGGCUGCUGCUCAACACCGUGGCGCUCUGGAUCUUCCUGGACAUCCGCUCCUCCUCCACCUUCCUGGUCUACCUGAAGAACCUGCUGGCGGCCGACCUGCUGAUGGCGCUCACGCUGCCGUUCAAGCUGCUGUCGGACGCAGGCGUGGGCGGGUGGACACUGCGGGCAUUCCACUGCCGCUACAGUGCCGUGCUCUUCUACGUCAGCAUGUACAUGUCCAUCCUGCUCCUGGGACUCAUCAGCCUCGACCGAUACCUCAAGGUGGUGCGGCCAUUCGGACGCUGCGCUCUACAGAAGGUUUCGGUGGGCCGCGGUGUCUGCGCGGUCGUCUGGGCAACCAUGCUGGCACUGGCCCUGCCCAACAUGGUGCUUAGCAACCAGCUGCCCAAGCAGGAGCAGGGAAGACUCCGAUGCAGCGACAUGAAGAGCCACGCAGGACUACAGUGGCAUGAAGGCUUCAACUACUUCUGCCAGGUGCUGUUUUGGGGAACACUGCUUCUCAUGGUGGUGUGUUACACGUUCAUCAGUAAGAAAGUGUACCAGUCAUAUCGCACCUCACAGAGCAACUCACACUCCGCCAGCCAGAGAACUAAAGCAAAGGUGUUUGUGGUGGUGGGCGUGUUCUUCGUGGUGCUUCUCUUCCAUUCCACACCACCGUCACGUGGUUCCGCCGGGACGAUCACCGCCACGCCAGCCGCGAAGCCCUCCUCCGCCUCACCCAGCAUUACCCUCCACCCACCACGAGAUGCCCAGUGCCCACAAGAUGCCCAGUGCCCACAAGAUGCCCAGUGCCCACAAGAUACCCAGUGCCUACGAGAUGCCCAGUGCCCACAAGAUGCCCAGUGCCCACAAGAUGCCCAGUGCCUAGAUGCCCAGUGCCCACAAGAUGCCCAGUGCUCAGGAGCCACUAGCAACAGGAGCAGCAUCAACAACAUCAGCCCCAGAAGCAUGAAGUCUAACAUGCUGAACACACACAGCAUCGCAUAG